AUGAAGAUCCUUUACCUGCUCUUUUCUCUCCUCUUCUUGGCUCUCCAGGUUUCUCCAGGUUUGUCUUUGCCCAGGAGGGAAAUGCUUUUCUGCAAACGAGGGAGCUGUUACUUUGGAGGAUGCCCCUUCCACCUGGUGAAAGUUGGAAGUUGCUUUGGGUUCCGCUCCUGCUGCAAAGAGCCAUGGAAUGUAGGAAAUGAAGUUGAUGAACCAUUCAUUGAAGAGCAAUGAAAAUUUCUUCUAAACCUACAAAUUUGCUUGGAAUCUCCUUACUCCUAAACCCACUGGAUCCUGCUGCAAAGCUGCACACACCUUUCAUUCCCAAU